ACAAAGUCUACAUCAUGGCCACAAAAAGAAUGGGGUUCUUGUUUCUUCUGAUGCUGCCCCUGAUGAACAGGGCAGAUGAAUUGUUUUCAGUCUGUGGUCAACCAGUGUUGUCUGACCGAAUUGUGGGCGGCCAAGCCUCGCAGAUUGGAGCCUGGCCAUGGCAGGUCAGUGUCGGUUGGAGGGGGAGACAUUUUUGCAGUGGGUCCCUCGUGGCACAACAGUGGGUUGUGUCAGCCGCUCACUGCUUUAGUGACUCCAUCCCUUGCUGCAUUAUCAAACCCCAAUGCAUUUUAUUUUUUGUUUCAUUUCUGUUUCUCAGACAGAAUCCUUUCUCAGACAUCACCGUGACCUUGGGAGCAUAUCAGCUUGCAAAUCGAAGCUCCAAAUCCCAGACCGUUCCUGUCGCCCAAGUAAUCCGUAACAUAGCAUUUAAUAGGACUGGGACAAGAGGGGACAUUGCCUUAUUGAGGCUCCAAAGACCCAUGAACUAUACCCCAUACAUCCUCCCUGUGUGUGUGCCAUUUCCUUGGGCUGUGUUCCCUGAGGGCAUGGCGUGCUUUGUGACUGGAUGGGGAAACAUUGGAUUUCAUGGUGAGAGCCUGGUGAGAACAUGGGGUUGGAGUCACCAUGCAGAUAUUUACAGUGCAACAGAACCACUUCCAUCCCCUCAGACACUGCAACAAGUGCAGGUCUCCCUCAUAGAAGUUGACAGAUGCAACGAGAUGUUCAAUGUGCCCCCAACUGGGUCCAAUCCUGUCAUAGACGACAUGAUUUGCGCUGGAUAUAAAGAAGGAGGAAAGGAUGCUUGUCAGGGUGAUUCCGGGGGGCCCUUGGUCUGUGCCCAAAAUGACUCCUGGUUCCUGGUUGGCAUCGUGAGCUGGGGACAAGGCUGUGCACUCCCAUACCGCCCCGGCGUCUACACCAGAGUCACGUCCUAUGGCGAUUGGCUGCAGCGUUACGUUCCCGGCCUGCGGUUUGGAAUUGUGCCCAUUGCUCUGGAGGGGGGAGGGAACCAUUUCGGACUUUUCACCUCCACGCCUCUUGUCACUUCCUCUCUUUCCCUCCUCCUGCCUCUCUUGCAGUGGGAAUUCUUGAGGUGAGGAGUUCCUUGCCAGCUUGCCGCUGUAGAAUCAGUGCUGAAUUUGGGUACACUGUAGGCAGCCCCCAGGUUGUGGGGAACCUUUGGGCCUCAAGAUGUUGCUGAAUUAUGACUCCUGCUGGCCGUACUCACUGUGACUGAUGGGAGUUGUAGUCAAAUGUUUC